AUGGAUCAUAACGGUGGCUCCGUUAUCGCCAUGCUGGGGAAGGACUGUGUCGCCAUCGCCUCUGACCUCCGACUUGGAAAUCAAGCACUUGGAAUUGCCUCUGACUUCCAGAGGGUAUUCCCAAUGACCGAUCGGAUAUAUCUAGGUCUACCAGGCCUUGCGACUGAUGUCGCAACUCUCCAUGAACGAUUCCGAUUCCGAGUCAAUAUGUACACGAUCAAGGAGGGCAGAGAAAUCGAGCCAGAGGUCUUUGCACACCUCGUUUCUUCAACACUCUACGAGCGACGAUUCGGUCCCUACUUUUGCGAACCCGUGAUGGCUGGCAUCUCAAAAACACCUACCGGCAAGAUCAAGCCUUUCAUUGCAGCGACGGACCUGAUUGGGUGCUUGAAUUAUGCAAAGGAUUUUGUGGUCGCCGGAACGGCAAGCGCGAAGCUGUAUGGUGUGGCCGAAGGGCUAUGGGAGCCUGAUCUCGAGCCGGAGGACUUGUUCGAGACCAUCUCACAGACGAUGCUGAAUGCCGUCGACCGAGAUGCGUUCUCAGGCUGGGGCGCUGUUGUCCAUGUUCUCACGAAGGACAAGGUGAUUACACGUACGCUGAAGGGCAGGAUGGAUUGA